AUGACGGUUUUAUCUGUUAUGUAUUUAUUUCUCUGUAUUGGUGGGACUUUUGCAAAGAAAGUUCUACCAGAAAAAGACGCCUCUGGAGAACAUACAUUAUUGUCUAGUACUACUGAAGGAAAACUCUCCGGCGUUUUACGAAACAUUCUUAACCAAGAAAGUUUAGUUCGCUUCUCAAUGGCACAGAAAUUUCAGAAAUUGGUUUUGGACGUCCUAGAUAAUCAACACAAUAGUAAAAGUUUGCUAAGGAAAGUUGGCAACAUAGCUAAAGAGUUACAGGCUCUGGAGACAAGGGACCAGAUACUGGAGGAGGAGAAUUUUAAACUCAAACAAGAAUUAAAGGUUAUGUACGAUAAUCAGAGUCACAUAACGGAACAAUUUCAAAGGCUCGAUGAAUUUGACAUACGCCUAAAAAUGGUUGAAGAAAAGAUGAUUAACCUCUCGGCUCAACAAACGGCAGACACAGGGAAGAGAGUGUAUUUUUCAGCUGGAAUUACGAAAGAAAUAAGGAACUCCGCCGUCUGGAAUGGCAACGACGUGAUUAUAUUCUAUGACGUAAUUUCGAACGAAGGAGGGGCCUAUAAUGCUUCGACGGGAGUAUUCACAGCCCCGGUGGACGGAGUUUAUGUGUUCAGCUGCUUCAUAUUGACUGAUAGAACGACUUUUUAUGCAUAUUUAGAAGUCAACGGUUCCAGAAAAAUCAACGUUCUUGGCAAUACAGGUCCCAGUAGGUACGAUAUAUUAGAAAGCGCUGGGAACCUUGACAUUUUGCACUUACAGCAGGGUGACAGGGUCUUAAUGAGACGUUCGAGUGGAAGUAACAUAAGGUCUGUCCAUGAUGCGCCAUCCACAACCUUUUCUGGUUUUCUAUUGUAUUAA